UUGUGAGUGAUUGGCUGAGGAAGUAUGCAGUGUCAAUGUAGUAUUUAUUUAUAAAACAGCUUAUAAUUUUGGGGCUUUUUAGUGUACAGAACUUAACCAUUGAGAUGUCUUAGUUACAAAAAAAGGUUUUAAAAUAGAGACACUCCUGGCAGAAGAAGAAACAACCAUAUGCAACAAUCCGCUUGAAAACACACUCACCGACACGUUUUGUACAUCGGUAUGUGUGUUUUGUACGGUUGCCCCUAGCAAGAGACAGUAAUCAACCCUUCAACGAGCUCAACCCAGCCGGAAAACAAACCUCCCCGGAACGAAACGUUCCCUAACAACCGUCUCAAUGGAAAGAACGCAAACAAAUCACAACACUCGGUUGUUGUGCACGAUGCAAUGCGUCGUGCGUGUUUCUUUGCGCCACUUUGUACAAAAGAAACCAGCGGAAGUUGGUGCUGUUUAUCUGUUUGCGGUAAAAAAGUAACAAUUUCUAGCCAUUUGCCUGCGAAAAACAUACUGUGAGUUUAUGUGCAACGCUUACGGUGUAGCGAAAUGACGUUGUUAAGGGUGGGCAUCGUGCUACUGUUGACCAGUGGAAGUGUACCGAUUGGUCAAGCAAAGUAUGUCGAAGGUCAUCUCAAAACAUCCGACAAUUGGGCAUUCUUGGCCAGGUUUUGCUUCUUGUCCGGCAAAGGAAGGUACGAGUAUCUGAUCGAGUACGAAAAGAAAUUGGGCGAAUUGAAGCUGCUCCUAUACUACGAUGACCGAACGCAGUGGCCAGCGGUCUACAAAACGGAUAAGACAUGUACCGAGAAGCUGUCCGUGCUACAUCCGGAAGACAAUCAGAUCGUUCCACUAUCACCGCGAACCCCGUACAAUCUCUACUCCGGCUGUCAUUUGCGCACACCGACCGCUAAAGAAUCGCCGGAUGAUCCACUGCCAAGGAAUAGUGGCACUACCACGACUCGUGCACCGCCGACCCCGCGUGGCACUUCAGCCGUGACGGGAGGUGACAUCAAACCACCGGACGAUGAUGCACAGUACUACGAUCAGUUCCUGAAAACAAGCACCACGGAGCCAGAAUUCCCAUUUGAAGAAACGACCACCGGGAAUGGGACGGAAGAGUCUCCGUACGAGAUGCUACUAACAUCGGCAAGCUCCAUCCAAGGAGGCGCUUUUGCCGGAGAUAAUGGUGAGGUGAACCUGCUCGAGAAUAGUACCGACUAUCGACUGCUGGUGGAGCAACUCUUUCCUGGUGUGGAUGAAAUGGGAGAACACACGCAACGGUACGAUCCACCCACAAACGGGACACGCUUGCGCCGUGCAGCACCACCAACGGGGAAGUACGAAACGCGGCUAAUAGUGAGCUGCAGUAACUUCGGGAGCUUCACAAGUUCACGGGAACGAUGGUGGUAUAUCGCGAUCGCCAACUGUGAUGGAGUUGGAAAGGGGCUGGACGUGAAGUAUCGGUUCCGGAUGACAAAUGGACCGCCGGGAGACUUUUGGCAUGAGCAUUUCUCUGCCGAUGAGAUGUAUAUUCCUCCAAUUUUGUUGGCCGAAUCGAUCGCCUACAGCAUGCUGCUUCUGGCGGUGUUUAUCUGUGCCGUUGAACUCAAGGCGCGCCAUCUUUAUCACUGCACUUAUCGGCUGUUUACACUGAGCGUCCUUCUGCAGUGGUUCGGCAUAUUGCUGCUCAGUGUCACUUGGACCAAGUACGCCGUGUCGGGAAUUGGACCGUUUCCUAACUUUGGAGGCAUCUUCACGAGUGCUAGUGAGAUCUCCUUUCUUCUUCUACUACUGCUAAUGGCGAAGGGCUACACCAUCACAAGAGCUCGCCUGAAAACCUGCUCAACGGUCAAGAUCACCAUCUUCAUCAACCUUUACGUGGUUGUGUACGUGUCGCUGUACAUCUACCAGGCCGAAGCGUUCGAUCCGGGCGAAGUACUCAAUCUCUACGAAUCUCCAGCCGGUUUCGGACUGGCCGGACUGCGAUGUGCCGGAUGGGUCUUCUUCAUGUACGCCUGUGCGGCCACAAUUCGCAAAUUUACCGAGAAAACUCCCUUCUACUACCCAUUCACGAUGCUCGGCUCGUUGUGGAUUCUAAGUGGACCGGUCCUUACACUGCUCGGGGUUAGUGUGCUCGACCCGUGGGUGCGUGAGUCCGUCAUGCACGGAGCACUCGGUAUGGUAGCGUUUGCUGGCCAUUUAGCGUUCCUUUGGUUGACGUGGCCUUCGAGAGCGAACCGCAGCUUUCCGUACCAUGUGCGGACGAAUCACGUGGGUAUUUCGCACGGUGAGGACGACGAGGUGACGUAUCCGAAACAUCCGUACGAACCAACUACCUUGGCGAAUCAUCACAAUCAUCCACUGCAACAUCAGUAUCCUUUGGCACCGUCGGAAACGGUACUGCAGAAUGGGCAUGGGAAUGGGUUUCUGGUCCCUCUGGCUCGCGGAGAUGGGUUGUACGAUCAAUAUCUGCGGGAGCGAGAUAUCUAUCACAGUACCUCGACUCCGCUGAGCUAUGUAUCCUUCCCAGCACCGGCAGGACGGGAGAAUGGGACCUCGAACGGAACAAAUCAUCGAGACCCGGUACGGAACGGUCACUCAAUCAAUAGUCCGGCGGCAAACGGAGGACCAAGACCGGAUGGAAAUCCCAGUUCUGAAGCAGAGCAACGCAACAACCGGAACUCACUUGCGCUGGAGGUUGAAGCGGACCUUUCCGGUCAUCCUUCGCUUGAGGUAGCUGAGCAGGUGUCGAGUAAUCCUCCUCUAAGCGGCAAUGGAUCCGUCGCGUCCGGACCGAUCGAGCGACAGUCGUCCGGGGGCGGUGGCGUUGGCGAACGGGAAGAGAAACGACCCUUUAAUCCCUUUUUAGCUGGAGCUAGCAGCAGCAAUGGCGGCGCACUGACGUCCGCUGAAGGAGCAAGAAAACCGAAUCGCAUUAUCCUGCCCAGUCUGGAGCAUGGACAGCAAGCCGCUAGUCCAGUUAUGGUGGGCAGCGAUUCAGCGACGGAACAGCCCGCAGUUAGUAAUGAAGGUGGCAGUGGUAAUGCCGUCCCAAAGCAUCUGUUUGCAGCAAAGCGUGAUCCCUAGAGGAAGUGUUAUUGCACAUGUGUGUGUGUUGUACCGUGUGCCGUGAUUUACCACUCGUUUCUUUCGUUUGUCUCUUUUCGUUCCCAGUGUUUACGUAGCAGCAGACCAAUAAAUGAUUGAUCGGUUCAGUUUCGAUUUGAUAUCUCACUA